UUUCCAAGAUGAUGUCCACCGCUCUCUUCGUUGCCGCUACCAUCGUCGUCUGCUCGGCGGACAUCCCUACCAUGGGACCAUGUGAUGUCAACGUACAGACCCAGACUGACUUUGACUUUGACAAGUUCCACACAGAGAACGGCGGCAGCUGGAAGACAGUUUACGGACCUGACACAAGUUUCAAUGAAAACCUCAGCUCUCUGUCUAUAAAGAUCACUCCUACCGGGAAUCACCAAUAUAGAGAUCUUAUUACAUACUCAACGAAAGACGGAAAGAGUGGCCUUUUGGCUGAUGAAGUGAUAUCCAACAAUGGGAACGGAGUCUGCACUGCAACAACUACUGACAACGAUGUAUUCAAGAUCAACGUACUUAAAUAUGUACCAGGAAGAUAUAACUUCUAUUACAUCUGCAGCAACCAAGGGAGUGACCAGACGACAGAUUACAGAUACGUGUUGGCUCAUGGAACACUGACAGCAGCUGAAAAAACAGCCAUCUUCGCUAUUGACAAGCGCUACGGCUUCCAAGGCAAACUGAUACCUAUUGGUGGAAGCAAGUAAACACAUUUAAGAAUAAUUUUUAUCAAAGAAUAAACUAAAACUUUG